AUGGGUAAAGGUGGUGCUCAAAAGAAAAACGCUAAAGGGCGUUUAGAUCGUUACUACUACUUGGCCAAAGAAAAGGGUUAUAGAGCUCGUUCUUCUUUUAAAAUUAUUCAAAUUAAUGAAAAAUAUGGUCAUUUCUUAGAACGUUCAAAAGUUGUUAUUGAUCUUUGUGCUGCUCCUGGUUCUUGGUGUCAAGUUGCUUCAAAAUUAUGUCCUGUUAAUUCAAUGAUUAUUGGUGUGGAUAUUGUUCCAAUAAAACCUAUGCCAAAUUGUAUUACUUUCCAAUCUGAUAUUACUACAGAAGAUUGUAGAUCAAGAUUAAGAGGUUAUAUGAAAACUUGGAAAGCUGAUACUGUGUUACAUGAUGGUGCUCCAAAUGUUGGUCUUGGUUGGGUUCAAGAUGCUUUUACUCAAUCUCAAUUAACUUUACAAGCUUUAAAAUUAGCUGUAGAAAAUUUAUCAAUUGGUGGUACUUUUGUUACAAAAAUUUUUAGAUCAAAAGAUUAUAAUAAAUUAAUGUGGGUUUUCCAACAAUUAUUUGAAAAAGUCGAGGCAACUAAGCCUCCUGCUUCAAGAAAUGUUUCUGCUGAAAUUUUUGUUGUUUGUAAAAAUUUUAAAGCUCCAAAAAAAUUAGAUCCAAGAUUAUUAGACCCUAAAGAAGUUUUUGAAGAAUUAGCUGAUGGUCCAGCAAAUAAUGAAGCUAAAGUUUUCAAUCCAGAAGUUAAAAAAAGAAAAAGAGAAGGUUAUGAAGAAGGUGAUUAUUUACAAUUCAAAUCUUUACCAAUUAUGGAAUUUAUUAAAGAUGAAAAUCCAAUUGAUAUCCUGGGUGAAACUUCAACUUUCCAAAUUGAUGAUGAAGAUCCAGAUUGGAAAUUAGUUAAAAAAUUAAAACAAACUUCGGGUGAAUUAUUAGAAUGUUUUAAAGAUUUAAAAGUUUUGGGUAAAAAAGAUUUUAGAAUGAUUUUAAGAUGGAGAAAAAUUGCAAGAAAAUUAUUAGAUUUAGAUAAAGAUGAUGAACCUGUUACCGUCGAGGUGGAACCAUUAAAUGAAGAUGAACAAAUUGAUAAAGAAUUAGAUCAGGUCCGUUCAAAACAAAUUACAAAACAAAAAAGAGAAAAACGUAAACAAAAUGAAAUGAAACAAAAAGAAAUUGUUCGUAUGCAAAUGAAUAUGUUAACUCCUAAAGAUAUUGGUAUUGAGGCUGCAUCAUUAGGUGCAGAUUCCCUUUUUAAUUUGAAAACUGCAGAGAAAACUGGUCAAUUAAAUGAUUUAUCCAAGGGUAAAAGAAGAAUGAUUUUUGAUCAAAAUGAAAUUUAUCAAGGUAAUGAAUUUGCAUUUGGUUCUGAUGAUGAAAAAAUGAUUGGUUCAGAAGAUGAAGUUGAUGAAUUAGAAGCUCAAUUAGAUAAUAUGUAUGCUGCUUACCAAGAAAGAAGAUCUGAAAGAGAUGCUAAAUAUAGAGCUAAAAUGGCAAGAGGUGAUGAAGAUGAUUCUAAAUGGGAUGGUAUUAAAGAUGAUCAAAAUUCUGAUGAUGAAGAACAACAAACAAGAGAUCCAAAAGAUUAUGAAGAUGAAUUAAGUGAUGAAGAAUUAAGUGAUGAAGAUGAUGAUCAACAUAUUAAUUCAUUAAUUACCAAGUUGAAAAAUGAAAAUAAAAAUGGUAAAUUAAGUAAUAAAGCUGAUUUAUUAUUUAGUAAUUCAAUUUUUGAUGGUGUUGAAUCUGAAAUUUCCAAACCACAACAACAUGUAAAACAAGAUGAAAUUAUUAAUAAAGGAACUUCAUCAAAAUCAGGUUCAACAACUGCAAGUAUCGAAUCAGAUUCAUCAUCAGAUUAUUCAGAUUCAGAUUCAGAUUUUGAAGUUGUUCAUCGUGAUCAAGAUGAUGAAGAUUUAAAUGAAUCAGAUGAUGAAUCAGAUGAUGAUGUUAAUUUAAGAAAUCAUCAAAAAUCUGUUGAUUUAGCCACUGCUCAAGCAAUGACAUUAGCUCAUCAAAUUGCCCUUGGUCAAAGAACAAAACAUGAUUUAAUUGAUGAUGGGUUUAAUAGAUAUGCCUUUAGAGAUCAAGAAAAUUUACCAGAUUGGUUUGUUGAUGAAGAAAAAAAACAUUCCAAGAUUAGUAAACCAAUUACCAAGGAAGCUGCAUUAGCUAUAAAAGAAAAAAUGAAACAAUUAAAUGCAAGACCAAUUAAAAAAGUUGCAGAAGCCAAAGGACGUAAAAAGAUGAGAGCUUUAGCAAGAUUAGAAAAAUUAAAAAAGAAAUCUGAUAUAAUUAAUGAAGAUUCUGAUAAAUCUGAAAAAGAUAAAGCUGAAGAAAUUUCCAAACUAAUGAGAAAAUUAUCUAAAAAACCCAAGAGUACAAAACCACAAGUUACUUAUGUUUUUGCAAAAGGUAGUAAUAAAGGUCUUGGAGGUAGACCAAAAGGUAUUAAAGGUAAAUAUAGAAUGGUUGAUGGUGUUAUGAAGAAUGAACAAAGAGCAUUACGUCGUAUUGCUAAGAAACAUAGAAAGUAA